CCUAAUUCUGAUUGACUAUUUUCUGCAUAGGAUAUAUACAGAUUGAGGGAAAAAAGAUUUUACAGACUGAUUCAGAUCAAUCACAGAGUUCGUGCCGACAUCUAGUGGUGCAUUAUGAAGAGAAGCAAACCAACCUUUACAUAUUUUGUUAAACUGGGAGUCAUUUUCGUUUUGUCGUCAGCUUCAGUUGCGCUGGUAACGGGAUGCAAAAAUAUAUAUUGGCUUCCAGAGAAGUCUGGCAGCUAUCUUCGUAAUCACACCAUCCAGAACUUGACCGUCUCUUCACAGUCCAUGUGUAGAAUCAUGUGUUAUCUCAGUAACUCUUGUUUAUCUUGCAACUUUCAUGAGAGUACUAGCGCGUGUGAGAUCAAUGAUUCCGAUGAAUUCCAGCAUCCUGAAGAUUUGAUCCCCAAGCAUGGCUAUAUCUACACAGGCUCCGAGAAUGGUUGUCAAAGCAAUCCGUGUCCUAGCAACAGCACUGGUUGCCAAGCAGACUUCACCUUAGAAGGAGGAUACAACUGUUUGUGUCCUAGUGGCUUCACAGGUCCCAGCUGCAAUACAGAUGUUGACGAGUGUACCUCUGGGACCCAUAACUGUUCAAAAUCCAGCAAGUGUGAGAACACUAGAGGGUCUUUCCAGUGUUUGGCUAUACGAACCAAAGAAAACCCCGCCACGUCAUGCUUGAAUAUCUUGGAAGCUGGCCACUCCAUUGGCACUGGCGAGUAUUGGAUCGAUCCAGCUAACACAGGAACCCCAAUCCCGGCUUAUUGCGACAUGACGACUGACGGAGGUGGUUGGACUGUGGUCACGAAGUUAGUCCAGCCAAGCAACACUAUAUUGCCUGCACACCAGCCAUCAACCUGUGAGGUCAUCAAAGAAUACAACAGAACAGACGUGAACGUCUUGCCUAUGGGAGCCGCCAUGUUGGAUAUCAAGAACAAGAUGGGAUUCAACCAGAUUCAUUUCUAUUGUCGCAAGGUAUCUGUCGGUAGAGUAGUGAGCAUCAUGACCAAAAACAACACCGCUGGACAUGAGGUAGUAAAGUUCUUUACAAACGCAGGUGUAGCCUCAGUACGCCCUGCGGCUUGUGGUUCGUUUGAUACACUGCCUGACGACACGUCAAUCCUUAGCGGAAAAUGCAGUGAAUGGGGUGAUACUCCGGCCAAUGAGUGGGGAGCAUCAUGCUGUAUGGGUCCCAUGAGACUACCUGCUCUGGCUUGUCACACAAGUCGAUCACACGGUUUCGAAUUUUUCAAAUAUUAUUCGUGCGACAAUGAAGUUCCGGAUSGCUCUAGUAAUGCAGUGCUACCCGAUGUGAAUGACACGUGGCGAAUAUCUGUGCGCUGAUUACAUAUUAUUUGAUCUAUCAAUAUUACUGCCACUAGGGAUAAGCAAAACAUCCAUAAUUUCGGUCAAACGUCACAGUCAGCACAGAAAAUUACAGUAAAACUAUUCCAGAAAAAAAGUACAGACAAAGCUAAAGAAAAUUCCAUUUUAUCGCAUAUUUCGAUACCUUUAUCUCUUAAUGCACUUUGCAUUUCCAGCUUGGUAAGCUACAUGGGAACAUUUAAAAAAAAUCUUCAACAACCUUUUUUGAAAUGGCUGUUACAAYAAUCUCUUGCAUUUACCAAUGUUUACUAUUACCAUUAAUAUUGCUUUUAAUAUGCUAAUAUACCCAUUGAAAAUACCACCAACUUCUUCUCCUGAUCACGAAGAAAUAGUGGCAUUUAAAAACAAUUAUAAGGAUACAGUAAAAACCCGCAUAAAAGAACAAGCGGGUUAAGAACACCCAGCCUGAAUUUGGGCGUUUUAAGUACCAUGUAAAUAAGAACACAAUCAGCCUGAAAUAUCAAAAAGUGUUCUUAAAAAACAAAAAUCACUAUUAAAUGCCUCCUCAUCAGUACUCAUGUAUACACUGAUGGGGGGAGAGUUUAGAUUACAGUGUUACUAGUAGCAGACUCCAAGCCUGACCUGACAAUAAUUAUUUUUCUACUGUUUUGAUACAGUUAUUAUUGCAGUCAAGAUUUUUUUAAUAACAUUUUUGAACUUACACAUUGAUAUCAUCUACAUGUAUUGGUAGUGUGGCUAUAUAUAGCAAUACUGUUAUAUAUUUUAGAAACAUUUAUUUUAAGAACACCUUAAGAACACCUUCAGGCUGAUUUUUCAGUAAACACCCGUUAAAUAAGAACAAAAUCAGCCUCAACUCCAAAAAUGGGUGUUCUUUUAUGCGGGUUUUUACUGUAUCUUAUUUAAGU